UGUUAGCUGUAGCUGUUCGGCUAAGCACGCUGCUUUGCUGCGUUACAGUAUCUCACUUUUGACGGGCCGAUUUUUAAUCAAACAAAACUUGUUUUAAAUCAGUCGUUUGGUUUGAACGUGUGUUUUUUAACGACGAGAUGGGAGUGCCCGCGUUUUUUCGCUGGCUGAGUCGGAAGUACCCUUCUAUAAUUGUGAACUGUGUGGAAGAGAAGUCUAAGGAAUGCAAUGGAGUUCGAAUACCAGUUGACACAUCUAAACCCAACCCAAAUGAGGUGGAGUUCGACAACUUGUAUUUGGACAUGAAUGGAAUCAUCCACCCUUGCACACAUCCUGAGGACAAACCAGCACCCAAAAAUGAAGAUGAAAUGAUGGUUGCCAUUUUUGAGUACAUUGACCGACUCUUCAACAUUGUUCGUCCAAGAAGGGUUCUUUACAUGGCAAUUGAUGGAGUUGCUCCUCGUGCCAAAAUGAACCAGCAGAGGUCAAGACGAUUUCGUGCCUCCAAAGAAGCAGUGGAGCUAGCAGAUGAAAAACAGCGGAUGAGAGAGGAAAUUUUUCAGAGGGGUGGGUACCUGCCACCCGAAGAAAUAAAGGAGCGAUUCGACAGCAAUUGCAUCACUCCAGGCACAGAAUUCAUGGACAACUUGGCCAAAUGCUUGCGGUAUUAUGUUGCAGACAGGCUGACCAAUGAUCCUGGAUGGCAGAAUAUCACAGUUUUUCUGUCCGAUGCUAGUGUUCCUGGAGAAGGAGAGCAUAAGAUCAUGGAUUUUAUUAGGAGGCAGAGAGCUCAACCAAACCAUGAUCCAAAUACUCAUCACUGUCUCUGUGGUGCUGAUGCUGAUCUGAUUAUGUUGGGCCUGGCCACACAUGAGCCUAACUUCACCAUCAUCCGAGAGGAAUUCAAACCCAACAAGCCCAGACCCUGUGCCCUGUGUGGGCAAAUAGGGCACGACAUUAAAGACUGCCAGGGAGUGGCCAGAGAGAAGAGGGGAGAGCAUGAUGAAUUUGCAGAUACAAUCCCGGCAUCUGAACAGGAGUUUAUAUUCCUUCGCCUGUCUGUUUUGAGAGAGUAUCUGGAGCGGGAGCUGACGAUGGCCAGCCUGCCUUUUCCCUUUAACUUCGAGAGGAGUGUGGAUGACUGGGUCUUCAUGUGCUUCUUUGUGGGAAAUGAUUUUCUGCCCCAUUUACCCUCUUUAGAAAUCAGAGAGGGUGCCAUUGAUCGACUCGUGUCCAUUUAUAAAGAUGUUGUGCACAAGACUGGGGGUUACCUCACAGAAAACGGCUUUGUCAACCUGGAACGAGUGGAGCUCAUAAUGCAGGCUGUGGGAGUUGCUGAAGAUAACAUCUUCAAGAAGCGCAAAGAGGAUGAGGAAAAUUUUAAAAAGAGGAUGAAGGAGAAGAAGAAACGAUUGAAAGCAGAACAGGGCCCAGCAUUUCUCCCGGGUGGUCAGUUUGCCCCCCAAGCACUGGGGGGCCGAGACAGACCUCUACCUGUGCAGAACGCACGUCACACCGCAUUUGACAUGAGGAUGCAAGGAAACCGUUACCAGCAGAACAAGAAUGCUGCAGAGUCCUUGAGAGCUACGUUGAGAAAUGGGAGCAAGGCCACUGCAGGGCCUAGCGAUGGCAUGGACAACCGUGGCCUGAAGAGGAAAGCUGAAGACAGCGACAGUGAGCCAGAGCCUGAAGAUAAUGUCAGAUUGUGGGAGGAUGGCUGGAAGCAGCGCUAUUACAAAAACAAGUUUGACGUGGAUGAGACUGAUGAAGAAUUUCGCAAGAAAGUAGUCAAGUCAUAUGUGGAGGGCCUGUGUUGGGUUCUUAGAUACUACUACCAGGGCUGUGCAUCCUGGAAGUGGUACUUUCCAUUCCACUAUGCACCGUUUGCAUCUGACUUCAAAGACAUCAAGGACAUGUUCAUGGAUUUUGAAAAAGGGACUAAGCCGUUCAAACCCCUGGAACAACUUAUGGGAGUGUUCCCUGCAGCCAGUGGGAAUUUCCUUCCAACAACAUGGAGGGCACUGAUGACUGAUCCUGACUCCUCUAUCAUAGAUUUUUAUCCUGAUGACUUUGCUAUUGAUUUGAAUGGGAAGAAAUACGCCUGGCAGGGUGUUGCUUUGUUGCCGUUUGUUGAUGAACGCAGGCUGCGGGCAGCCUUGGCAAAAGUCUACCCUGAUUUAACUGCAGAGGAAGUCAGAAGGAAUAGUCUGGGCAGUGAUGUGUUUUUUGUGGGGAAGUCACACCCCCUGUGUGAUUUCAUCAUAGAACUCUACCGUUCAGAAUCUCACGAGGGCACAGAGAUUCCUCCAGAGCUGUGCCAUGGAAUCCAAGGUACAUUAAAUCUUGAUGAAGAGCCUAUUCUACCAGAUAAACCUGUAGAAUCUCCAGUCCCAUUGUUGAGAGAUAUUCCAUGCAGCAGUGCAGUGGGAAUCAAAUUCAAGGAUCCACAGUAUGAGGAAGGUCACGUGUUCAAAGCCGUCGUCCUUCCAGGGGCUAAGAUGCCCAAUAAAGUGUUGAAACCUGGUGACUGGCAUAGGUCUAAUAGCGGACCAUGGAAACCUCAGCUGGGGUUCAACCCGAACCGUCAGCAGGUUCACUUGGACCAGUCUGCCUUCAGGACCUUAGGCCAUCAUAUAAACAGCCAUCAGCAAGGAAGUGGUCAGUACAACCAACCACGUAUCGGCCAGCAUGUGGGUGGUCAGUAUAGCAAUGCCCCGCCUCCCAGUGUAUAUCACCAAGGAAACUACAGACCGCCCCUCAGAAAAGACCCACCCCCAUUCCAGCAUUCUAUGCAACAUGGAUUUCCAAGAGCGCCGCCCCCCUCUCAUCAGCAGCAGUACCCAAGGCCUCAGCGUGGUGGUCAGGGUGGCCAUGGUUGGGACCGGGCAAUGCAGGCACAAGGCUCUGCCUACCAGCAUAACGUACAGAGGGGUCGUGGAGGACAAGGCAGCUACCACCAGCAUCCUCCUCGCAGAGACGACCGCAGACCACAGGAGGGGUACAACUCUGGGAGAGGCUAUGGCCUGCCUCCACCGACAAGACGCUACAACUGGAGCUGAAUCCCUAGCCUGUAGCAGGGACGUUGUUGUUUUUUGUUUUUUGUUAAUUUGUAAAAAUACAAAAGUUCUUGUUUUACUAACGGAAAACACGUUCUUAUGUACGUCAUGUAUGGUCAUUUUUUUUUAAGCAAGAAGGCCUGUAAAUCUUAUGAAAUACAAGUGAGACAAAGACCA